UAUGAUAAAUGAUUUAGAUAUUAACAUGUGUCCCCUUUCUCCUAUAGAAUUUCAGACUAAUCAGCAACAGCUAAUUUCUGAGUAAUUCUUGGAAUACGAAAAUUAUUCGAAAAAGUGUAGAGUUAGUUCCCAAUGUUUACUUUAUAAAAAGUACUAUUUUUAGAAUCAUUAUAGAAAAAUUCGUCAUAGGAAGUCUAGACCAUCAAUUCUUCGUGUAGAAGAGGUUGUUAGGAAUGUGAAGUUAUACAAUAAUUGUUCAAGCCAAUAGAAUCUUGAGAAUCUAGAAAUUAUCUAAAAUAAACCCCUUGUGAAAUCUGGUUGAC